AUGGCACGUCAAGCUAUUGUCCUUGUUGCCCUUGCUCUUCUGGCCACCGUGGCUUUCGCCGCAAGCCCCAGCGGCGGUGACAGCAAACCAAAGCCUGGACUCCCAACCUUCGCCGCCGUACCCUCCGGCGCCGCCGGUCCCGCCACCGACAACAAUCAAGUUGGAACCAGUGACGCUGCUGGUGCUCCUGCUGCAAGCGGACCCAGCAUUGCCGACGCCUUGGCCGCUGGGGUUGGUGGACCUAUUAGUUCCAAGGCUUUUGGCACGGCUGAGUCUCCCAAGUCUGGUGCCACCACCGCCCAGAUCUCCGCUGGAGCAGCUGUCGUCGCCCUCGCCAGCUCCUUCUUCUUCUAA